AUGAAUACUGUACUUGUCAUUUUUCAUCUAGUCAUUCUAGCAGGUGCAGCCUGGGCCUCCGGUGAUGAAACACGGCUGGUGAAAACGCUCUUCACUGGCUACAAUAAGGUCGUCCGUCCUGUCAACCACUUCAAGGACCCGGUGGUUGUUACUGUGGGCCUUCAGCUCAUCCAGCUCAUCAGUGUGGAUGAGGUCAACCAGAUCGUCAGCAGCAACGUGCGACUGAAACAGCAAUGGAAAGAUGUGAACUUGAUGUGGAACCCAGAGGAUUACGGCGGCAUCAGAAAGAUCAGAGUUCCCUCCACUGACAUUUGGCGCCCUGAUCUGGUUCUCUACAACAAUGCUGACGGGGACUUUGCCAUCGUCCAUGAGACCAAAGUGCUGCUGGAGCACACAGGGUUGAUCACGUGGAACCCGCCUGCCAUCUUCAAGAGCUACUGUGAGAUCAUUGUGCUGCAUUUCCCCUUUGACCUUCAGAACUGCAGCAUGAAGCUCGGCACCUGGACCUACGAUGGAAACCUGGUCGUCGUCAAUCCUGACAGUGACCGCCCUGACCUCAGUAACUUCAUGGAGAGUGGAGAGUGGGUGAUGAAGGAUUACCGCGGCUGGAAGCACUGGGUGUACUACGCCUGCUGCCCUGAGACCCCUUACCUGGACAUCACCUACCACUUCCUCAUGCUGCGGCUCCCGCUCUACUUCAUCGUCAACGUCAUCAUCCCCUGCAUGCUCUUCUCCUUCUUGACCGGCCUCGUCUUCUAUCUUCCUACAGACUCUGGUGAGAAGAUGACCCUCAGCAUCUCUGUCCUGCUGUCUCUGACUGUGUUCCUGCUGGUCAUCGUGGAGCUGAUCCCCUCCACCUCCAGUGCUGUACCGCUCAUUGGGAAGUACAUGCUCUUCACCAUGGUCUUCGUCAUUGCCUCCAUCAUCAUCACUGUCAUUGUCAUCAACACUCACCAUCGCUCCCCGAGCACUCACACCAUGCCAGACUGGGUCCGCAAGGUUUUUAUUGAAACCAUUCCCAACAUCAUGUUCUUCUCAACAAUGAAGCGCCCAGGAAAGGAAAAGCCAACUAAAUCUAAUAUCUACGGUGCUGAUUUUGACAUCUCAGACAUCUCUGGCAACCAGACCACUUCUGUUACCUACCAGUCACCCAUCACCAAGAACCCUGACGUCCGCAGUGCCAUCGAAGGAGUCAAGUACAUCGCCGAAACCAUGAAAUCCGACGAGGAAUCCAACAAUGCUGCUGAGGAGUGGAAGUUUGUGGCCAUGGUGUUGGAUCAUAUUCUGCUGUGUGUGUUCAUGGCUGUGUGUCUCAUUGGCACAUUAGGCGUGUUCGCAGGCCGCCUCAUUGAGCUGAGCAUGCUCUAAAGGCCUGCAUCUUGUGUUAAACCUGUUUUGAUUGUCGGAUGACCAGUUUUUUUUGCUCAUUGUGAAAUGUCUAACCUUUGUGUUUUUUACCUACUGAAUGCAGCCCCGCAACAUUCAAAGUGAACCUCUGUUUUCUUGGUGUUGAAGAACAAUUCUUUCAGGUCCAAUUCUGUGUCUGGUUCAGAUGAGCUGUUAUCACUGCACAGUGGAGACAGAAGUUUACAACAGGGCUGUAUGUAGAUAAGGUCUCUCUCUCUGGACAGGAUUUCAUACAACAGGCUUAACAAAAGGUCUGGGCUGGGCUAAGAUGAUUGAUAAGUAGAAAGGAGACAGUGAAACUAUCAACACCCCAAGAUGUGAAUUACAUAUACGUUUAAAAACAAAAGAUCUGUUGGUCACACAGACCAACACAGAGGUGCUGUAGGAGGCAGACACUUAAUUAAAUCAAGAAACAUAGAUUACCUGUUAAUCAAUACAGAACAGUAGGGUACACAGAUGAUGUAAAACUGAAAUUAUUUUCAUCUCCAGUCGCAUUUGUGUAUGUAAAAGGUCAUGAUGUAUACAAUAACUUCAGCACAUUUUAUGGAUGAGCAGUGUUUUUUUGUUUUCUUUUAUAAUGGAAUAUAUGUGUGCAAUUGAAAUGUUGAAUUGAUUAAAAUUUUUUUCCUUGACAUGUGUUUAUAGGGAACA